CAUGGGUGAAAGAUUGUUAGGUGGCGAUCUUGCCGUUGCGACUCUUCUUACAACGAUAUCGUGGAUAGUUUAUGCUGCUGAGGUUGGUGAAGGAAGAAAGUUUGUUCACGCUUGCUUUGGAUUGGCAAUCGUAUCAUCUAUUUUGUCUUUGAUAAGUUCUAUUGUUGCCUUCACAUCGCCCGCUAUGAAACAAAAGAUCUCGAAAAAAAGAACACAAAGUGCUCAGCAAAUACCAUAUCAACCCAAUAAUAGGGGAGUUAUCAUGUUUCCACAUAAUUUUCAACAACAGUAUAUAGAUAAUAGUAAGAUGCCACAAUCAAGACACAUUGAAACUCCAGUCUAUGGACACCCUUAUAAACCGUAUCAGUUAAGUCAACAGUACGACAAUUAUGCCAUGGACAGCAAUCAAGCUUAG